AUGGUUUGCCUCAAAGAUGGACCCAUCCUUAAGUCUCAGCUCAGUCACACUGUGAUCCUCCUUCUACUGACAAACUCUUUUAGAGGUCAGUCUCAGGAGGUUGGACCAUCUCAUCAGAUUGUAGCAUUUCUGGGUGAUAACAUUAUUUUGCCAUGCCAUCCUCAACCUGCCGUGGACUCUGUUUCCAAGAGUCUGGAAUGGGGAAGACUUGACCUGCAACCCAGAUUUGUCCAUGUCAGGUCUGAAGAUCAAGACCUUUUGUCUAACCAAAACCCAUCCUACAAAGGAAGAACGUCAAUGCCCAUCGAGAAAUUGAAGCAUGGAGACCUUUCACUCACACUUUCUGAUGUGAAAGUCUCUGAUAAUGGAACAUAUCGAUGCUACAUUCCCUCAGAGGGCACAAAAUCUACUGUUCAGCUUGUUGUUGGUUCUGUCUCCUCACCUGUCAUAGUAGAGAUAAACUUAAACACCAGCGCAGUGGUUUUACAGUGUGAGUCUAAAGGCUGGUAUCCACAGCCUGAGGUGUUCUGGUUGGACGGUGAGGGAAACCUCCUCUCUGCUGGACCUACAGAGACAGUCAGAGGUGCUGAUGAUCUCUAUACUGUCAGCAGCAGAGUGACUGUGGAGAAGAGACACAGCAACAUAAUCACCUGUAGAGUCCAACAGAACAACAUCAACCAGACCAGAGAGACACACAUUGACAUUUCAGAGGACAAGAAAGAGGAGGAAACGGCCAAACUUGAUGAAAAGUUCCAGAAGAACGAAGAAGAGCAGACAGACUUGGAGGAGAUUGUUAAUACAGUGAAUGAACAGAGGAAAGAACUGGAGAAGCAGAGAGAUCAAUUCAAACUCGAUCAGGAUGAGACAGAUAAAAAAUAUGAUGAAAUUGAGAAGAAGCUUCAGUCAGUGGAGAAAGUAACAGAAAGUGACAGAGUGCACAGAUUCUUUGACCUGAAAGAAAUCAUAUUGGACGCCAAAAAGAGUCUGCGUCAGAGAAAUGUUGAUAGUGGGAAACUGGUAGAGAGCACGACUGUUCUGAUGAAAACAACUGGGGAAAUGAUUAAUAAAAUGGAAGACAGGAAGAAGGUAGUAGAGAACUACAUAGAGAAAAUCAGAAAGCAGCAGCAGGAGAUAUAG